CCAAGCCGAUAUUCGAGUCUGAGCUCUCACAUCCCAGCCGACGACACCAUAACUCCGGCAUCCAAACAGUCCCAAACCAGAUCGGAGAUCUCCGGCGAUGGUGGAAAGGUUCUUCUCCGGCAAGAUAACUGAAACCGCCGGCGAAGAUGCCGGCAAUUUUACGCUUCUCUCCGGUCCUCCUUCCUGUGGAAAAACCUCCUUGCUGUUCCAAUUCGCUUUCAACGCUGCAGUAGAGGGCCACAGCGGAAAUCGUGAUGUGGUGUUCAUAUGCACCCGGCGCAGGUUAGAGAGUAAACCCCCUUACCUCUCUCAGGGUGUGGAUCCUUCUUCUGAUAUGUUUCAGCAUAUACAAAUGAAGUACGUGGAAGAUGAUGAGGCAAUAAAGAAGUAUUUUGCUGCAUUUCACCUGCAUCACAAAUUUCCAGUUGCGGUUAUCAUUGAUGAUUUUGGUGAUUUCUUUGAUGAAAGAACCUGCCAAGAGAGAUACAACAGUCCUCGGGGAAGAGAUUUGGCAAUGGUUCGGACACUAGCCCUUUGUCGCAGUGCCAUUCUUCAUGCCAACAAAACCGCGCCUUGCAAGGUCCUGCUGUCUGAUACACACCAUGGAGACUCCCCGAGGUUGUUAUUCAUCUACAAGAGAUGGAUUCCAUCUAUCUUUACGAUUAAAGGGGACGGCUCUGGAUCAUUUCUUCUCACGAAUGGCAUCAAUUCAGGAAGUGGCAGCUCAGGGAGGAGGAGAACCGCAAAGUACUCCAUAGCUCUUCAGUAUCUGUUUCUUGAGGAUGUCACAGAAGACGAUGAUACAUAAUACUCUUUCUCAAAAUCAUCAAUACAAAGUUUUUAAUCUGCUCAUCUGCAUAUUUGAUUCUAUACAAGAAAGAUCGAUAUGAACUGCGCAUUAUAUUU